UCCGUAGGAGCUGGAGCAUCCGCGCUGGCUUCCGUCCUCCUGCACCCUCUGUUUUACUUGAUCCCCAACUUGACAAUGGAACCCACGCACGGUAAUUGACAGUGGGCGGAGCCCGUGGGCUAGGGAGCAGCGCACGUGCGCAUCACGCGAGCCGCGCGCCGGAAGGACUUCUCUGGCCAAGACCUGCAAAGAGGAGCCGCAGGAUUGGGGCCACGGCGCGGGAGGUCGCCAUGGCUACAGAGCCCGCGGCCGCCGAGCCCGCGAUUUCGGAGCCCGCGGUGCCGUCGCUCGUGGAUCGUUACUUCACUCGCUGGUACAAAGCGGAUGUCAAAGGAAAACCCUGUGAAGAUCACUGUAUACUACAGCACUCUAACCGAAUAUGUGUCAUCACAUUGGCAGAAUCUCAUCCAGUUCUUCAAAGUGGAAAAACAAUUAAAAGCAUUUCCUAUCAGAUCAGUACCAAUUGUAGCAGACUUCAGAACAAGGUCUCUGGGAAAUUUAAGCGGGGGGCACAAUUUCUAACAGAACUUGCACCUCUGUGUAAGAUUUACUGCUCAGAUGGAGAGGAAUAUACCAUAUCUAGCUGUGUUAGAGGACGGUUGAUGGAAGUGAAUGAAAACAUUCUCCACAAACCAUCUAUUCUUCAAGAAAAGCCAUCUACUGAAGGCUACAUUGCAGUUGUGUUACCCAAAUUCGAGGAGAGCAAAAGCGUAACAGAAGGGUUACUGACACAAAAACAAUACGAAGAGGUCAUGGUGAAACGCAUUACUGCCACAACAGCUACAUCAUGAGGAUGAGAUGGAGUGAAAAGUGCUGUAGGACACUUACCCACCCUGGCCUCAAAACGUCAGUGCACUAAAAGAGGAAACCCAGAGUAUGUGAAGCAUACUCAGCACCCGCCAUCAGCUAGGGAGGCCUAAUCCUUCCUGUCACCUAGUUUCCCUUUUGUCUUCAUCCUUCAAGAUCUGUCCUGCCUGGGGACUCAUUAUGUUGUCAACUGACAAGCAAGGGAUGUUUUUCUGAUUAAAAACAACAAAUCUCUUUCAGGAAAAUUGGAAAAUGGAAAAAUUUUAGGUAGCCAAGUAAAAGCAAUUUACCUACCAUACCUAUGACGUAGAGGAAUACAUGCCAUGUAUUUAUCAUUAUUGCCUGAGUUUUCUGUCAGUUUAAUAUUUUUAUUUUUUUAGUUGUAGGUGGACACAAUAUCUUUAUUUCAUUUUUAUGUCUCUCACAUUCUAGGCGAGCACUGCACCACUGAGCCACAGCCACAGCCCUCAGUUUAAUAUUUUGAAAAACGGUACCCAGCCUUUCUUCAGUGACAUUACCAAAGUCUCAUCCCAUCCCUUUUGCUUCAACUCCUCUGCCUUUAGGUUGUAGGAAAAAAAUAGGAGUGCUAAGUAUAUCUUCAUGGCUCCUUAUGGAGCUGGGCCUCCCCUCUACAAGGAAUGAGAUCUCUAACACUGACUUCUUAAAUUGCAGACACAAAAAAGGCUUUGCUGGAGCUUUCCUAGCAAAUGGAUAUAGGACAGUGUUCAUCUGGUUCUUGCAAUACAUAGGUUGUAGUUCACUCGGUCUCACACAUUUUAGGUACAGUUAAUGUCUAGCACAGAAAUGACAGAAUAAUUCGCCCAAAGGCAUAGAUGCCUUUGAACCAGAAUAAAGAAUUUCACAAACUAGGGGGAAAAAAAUCCCACUGAAUGUAUGGUUUAACUUUGAGCUGGGGGGUGUUGCUCUUUGGUGGAAUGCUUACCUAGUAUGCAUGAGGACCUGGGUUCAAUCCCAAGCACCACAAAAAACGGAUUAUAUACUAAAUUUACAUGAUUUCAAAAAAGAACUUCACAUCUUAUUUAAGGGAUGCAACACAUACAUACAUAGAUAUACAAAGGGAAAGAAAAUCACUUGAUUUGUAGGUUCCUUUGGUUCUUUAUCCUCUGAUGCUGUUGAAAUAAUGCUGUCCCUUUCCCAUCCCCACUCACGCUUCCAUGAGAAUAUUCUCAGGUAUCUAAAAGAGUAUUUUGUAAAUAAAACUUGAAAAGUUUUUUUUAGUUCAUAA